CCUCCCUCCUCCUCCUCUUCCUCUCCCUCCUCCUCCUCAGCCUCCCCGGACCUCCGCCAGAGAGAGAUCCCGCCGCGUGCGUUUCCCUCCUCACAAAACCUUCGCCAUGUCCACCGCGCCGCACAGCAGGAAGAAAGUCUGCUACUACUACGACAGUGACAUCGGCAACUACUACUAUGGGCAGGGCCACCCCAUGAAGCCACACCGCAUACGCAUGACCCACAACCUGCUUCUCAACUAUGGGCUCUACCGCAAGAUGGAAAUUUACCGUCCACACAAGGCCACGCAGGAUGAGAUGACCAAGUUCCACAGCGACGACUACAUCCGUUUCAUCCGCUCCAUCCGGCCGGACAACAUGAAUGAGUACAACAAACAGAUGCAGAAGUUCAACGUGGGCGAGGACUGUCCAGUGUUCGACGGCCUCUAUGAGUUCUGCCAGCUGUCCUCGGGCGGCUCCAUCGCUGGCGCCGUCAAGCUUAACAAACAGGCCUGUGAUAUCGCCGUCAACUGGGCUGGCGGACUUCACCAUGCCAAGAAGAGCGAGGCGUCAGGGUUCUGCUACGUGAACGACAUUGUCCUGGCCAUCUUGGAGUUGUUGAAGUACCACCAGCGCGUCCUCUACAUUGAUAUCGACAUCCACCACGGCGACGGGGUGGAGGAGGCCUUCUACACCACCGACCGCGUCAUGACCGUGUCCUUCCACAAGUAUGGCGAGUACUUCCCGGGCACUGGCGACCUCAGGGACAUCGGAGCGGGGAAGGGCAAGUACUACGCCGUCAACUUCCCGCUGCGUGACGGCAUCGACGACGAGAGUUACGAGAGCAUCUUCGUCCCCAUACUGACCAAGGUGAUGGAGACCUACCAGCCGUCAGCCAUCGUUCUGCAGUGCGGCGCUGACUCUCUCUCAGGGGACAGACUCGGCUGCUUCAACUUGACUCUCAAAGGACAUGCAAAGUGCGUUGAGUUCGUCAAGAAAUACAACCUUCCACUGCUGCUCCUCGGCGGUGGCGGCUACACCAUCCGCAAUGUGGCGCGCUGCUGGACCUACGAAACCGCCGUCGCCCUUAGCACGGACAUCGCCAACGAGCUGCCCUACAACGACUACUUUGAGUACUUCGGGCCGGACUUCAAGCUCCACAUCAGCCCCUCCAACAUGGCCAACCAGAACACCCCAGAGUACCUGGACAAGAUCAAGACCCGGCUCUUCGAAAACCUCCGUAUGCUGCCCCACGCGCCGGGAGUCCAGAGCAUAGCCAUACCAGAGGACGGGCUUGCCGAGGAGAGCGAGGAGGAGGACAAGGUCAGCCCAGACGAACGCAUCUCCAUCCGGGCGUCCGACAAGAGGAUCGCGCCGGACAAUGAAUACUCAGACUCCGAGGAUGAGGGCGAGGGCGGACGGCGCGAUGAGAGGUCCUUCAAACCCAAGAAGAAGACCAAAACGUCCACCGAAGAGCCGCCUUCAACCAACAACGGGGCGGAGGAGUCUGGUGGUGGCGGCGGCGGUGUGGUGGGCAAGAAGGAGGUGGUGGUGGGUGGUGGAGGUGCUGGUGGCGCUGGUGUCAAGGAGGAGAAGGCUAGUAGUGGUGGUGGCGGCGGCGGUGGUGGUGGUGGUGUGACAGGACAGACUGAGACGAAGGUUGAUUCAUGA